GGAGAAGUGACCAAGACCGAGCUUUGUCUAAUUUUUAUUCCUCUUGCUUGCAUUCCUCCUCGGGGAGGGCUGAGGAGGCACCUGCACACUUGCUUCAGCUCCAACUCCUGCUUCCAUAUUUCUGCCCGAAAAUACUCAGUUGUAGGUGACUGACAAAGCGCAGAGAUAUUGUACUGGUUUCAGCUAGGAGACACCCAGAUGGCACAGUGGGGUACUCGUUACCGAAUUGUCUUCCUUGGAAGACAUGAAGAAAAUAAAACUCAACUUUCAUCCAGCAUCAGUGAGGAAGAAGUGAAAGCUGUGAAAACUGAACCCCUGGAGAUACCAGAGAUCAAGAAGAGGAGGCGCCUUAGCUGCAGUGAAUUGAAAGAGUUGAAGGAAGCAUCACAUUAUAAGAAGAGGCCAAGUAGUUCUAAGGGUAUGACAAAGGAGUGUAAUAAUGCGAUUGAAAGAUGGACAGUUGAAAGGUAUAAGCGAGCAGAGCAAGCUAUGCUGGAAAUUUUGAAGGCUGAAGAUGCAACUUUUGGAAACCCAGUUUCCAGGAGAGAAUUGAGGAUGGCAGCUCGUAAGCGGAUUGGUGAUACUGGGCUGCUCGAUCACUUACUGAAGCAUGUUGAUGGUAAAGUGGCACCAGGUGGGACCGAGCGGUUUCGGCGGUGGUUCAACACCAGUGGAAGAAUGGAGUACUGGUUGGAGAGUGCUGACCUGGCCAACAUUCGGCGGGAGGCUAGGGUGCAUGAUCCUUACUGGAUUCCAUCAUCGACGUUGAUGCCAGGUGGUGGCCCCUUGGACGAUUCUGUUUCUGGUGGAGAACUGAAGCUACUCAAGGCAGAAGUAGAUAAAAUGAAGAGUGAUAUCCAGGAGCUGCUUUUAUCCCAGAAGCAAGAAAAUGACCAAGCCAAUCAAGAGAGGCUCGAGGAUUUGGCAAAAUGGAAAGCUCAGUCUGAGCAAAGCUUGAAAGUGAUUUUAGGUUCUUGGAAGGGUAUGCAGGACAAUUUUGAGGAAUUAAAGAAAUGGAAAUCUAAAGUCGAGCGACAGGUGGUGGAAAUAACAAAUAUUUUGAGUGAUAUGCAAGGACCAAAGCAAAACACUGUCUCCAAGCCUGAAGAACCUGAGCAAUGGGAAGAUUGGCUAGAGAGCAGCAACCUUGACAGUUUUCAGGGAAAUGAACUUGUGCCAUGGUUUGAGAGCACCAACAAUCUUGUUAAUUCUGAGGAAGAAGUUAUAAUUCAAGAUCCCUAUUUAGCCCUACCGCUUAGUUCAAAGCAUGGUGAUAGCUCAUCCCAGGACCUAUUUUGCAAACUCAAGGAAGAAAUGGCUGAAAUGGAGAGAAACAGAGAUGUGCGCGAGCUGGUACCGGAGAAGCAAAGGGAAUAUCAAGCUAAUUUGACCCCUGAUUCUUCUGCUACUGCAAAUUCAAAGUCGGAUCUUGACAAUCUGGUUGUGUUUCAGGAAAUGUUUCAGGAGCUGUUUAAUUGGAAGUCUACAACAGAGCAGAAGCUGAGUGAGAUAUCAAAUUCCAUGAAUGUCAUGAAGCAGAAUCCAAAACUAUUGACUCCACCAGCCCCUCAGCUACCAGAAGAUGGAAAUCACUGUAUGGAAUAUCAUCCUUGUUUCAUGUUUUAGGAUGAUUCUAGACUAGCAAGUACCUUAGGAUUUAGAUGUUGUAUAGCAUUUACAAAGCUGCUGCCUGAAAACACCGUUCCAGCUCCUAAACCAGUGAGACCUGCUUCUAACCUGAGUGAGAGAAAGUACGCCCAAAACUCCCAUGCCUUUCUGGACCAACCAGAUUUCCGACAAGUCUUUCUGUUAUAGCAAGAAGAUUGAUCCUUUAAUUUAAUACCGACCUUAAGUGAAAUGUGGCGCAAAUGUUGAUAUACCGCUGAAGGUAAUAUAUAGGUUAAGACCCUUUUGCUAGGAUGCACUUUAUCUUUCGAUGACAUGGCAAAUGAAAUGAUCCACAGCCACAGGUGGACACAUAUCUAUGUCAUGUGUUUAGGUUAUGACAUUGUGACAACUGAUAUGAAGCGUAUUUACAAGGUUCCACA